GGUUAACAAAAUCUAGUGGUAGUUGUACUCACAAGUUUGAUUUUUUAAAUUUUCACAAAACAAAAAAUACUUUAACUUCAAUCAAAAUGUUCAAAUUGAUCGUCGCUUUGUCUGCUCUCUGCGCUGUUGCUUCUGCCGGUUACCUUGGCGGCUAUGGACUUGCUGGCCAUGGCUUAGGCUAUGGCUUGGGUUAUAGCGGCGUUGUAGCACCAGCUUAUCAUGCACCUGCCAUUGUAGCACCUGCACCAAUUAUAAAAACCUACAGCGCGCCCAUCGUUGCUGCACCUGUGGUGAAGACCAUCGCCCCAUUGGCUACGUCAUACGCCAAUACCUACAAAGUGGCCACCAAAUCGAUUCCUGUAGUACAUGCGGCUCCAGCUGUGUAUGCGGCGCCAUCUUAUGGUCAUUACGGCCUGAACUACGGUUAUGGUCAUGGUCUGUUGCAUUAAGUAAGCGAAUCGCACAAGAAACCUAUGACUUGUAAUGGACAAGGAUUUGAAAAAGGCUAAUGAACUUAUGGAUUAAUACAUAUAACAUAUUAUGGAUAAAUGUUGUCACAACAAUAAUUUGUCUACCCAUCUCAUAGACACCUACAUACAAUUACGCAUAUUAUGACACUAUAAACCCCUCAUAUUCAUAAAAUCUUGUCAUCAAUUAGUGAGUUUUGAGAGACUUAAGGAAGUAUUCGUAGAAAAUGCAGGCUAUUCAUAUCGAGCAAAUGGAGGCGCAUAAAUGAAGCAGCUAUUAAAGUGAGUGAGCAGAGUAGAGAUGAAACGCUUUGACUAAGUAUGUAAAAUACGGGAAGUGAAAGCUACUACCCACAACGAACGAUUGUUUACUUUCCGCAGAGAUUUUAUUUGUUUGUUUCGUGUUUUCCAUAUUGAAUGUAUUUUUUAAGUAAUUUUAAUAAAUUGUUGAAAUAAAAACGAAA